AUGGGCGCGCUGGGCCGGGUCGUGCUGUGGCUGCAGUUUUGCGCGCUGACCCAGGCCGCCUACAAACUCUGGGUCCCCAACACCGACUUCGACGACGCUGCCAACUGGAGCAAUAACCGGACUCCGUGCGCCAGCGCUGCCGUCGAGUUCCCGGCCCACAAGAUGGUGUCGGUUCUUGUGCGGGAAGGUCACAGCGUCUCAGACUUGCUCCUGCCGCUGGACGGCGAACUCAUCCUGGCCUCUGGAGCGGCAUUCAGCGCAUCAGUCACCACCUGGGACCCCAACUGUAGCGCAGGCGGCCCCGCGCUCUUCCGCGACCCCGAUCGCUUCCUGUGGCACGACCCGCGCCUGUGGCGCUCAGAGGACGCGGUAAGCGGCCUCUUCUCCAUGGACGCCGAGCGCGUGCCCUGUCGACAUGACGACGUCGUCUUCCCGCUGGCCACGUCCUUCCGCGUGGGCCUGGGACCCGGCGUCCGAACCGUGCGCAGCGUGUCGGUCCUGGGCAAGACGUUCACGCGCGACGACGACCUGGCCGCCUUCCUGGCGUCCCGCUCCGGCCGCCUGCGCUUUCACGGGCCGGGCGCGCUGCGCGUAGUCCCCGAGGCCUGCACAGACCCGUCGGGCUGCGUCUGUGGCAACGACGAGGAGCUGCCUUGGGUCUGCGCAGCCCUGCUCCAGUCCCUGGGCGGCCGCUGUCCCUCUGUUGCCUGCAACGACGCUCUCCGGCCUGUGGGUCAGUGCUGCGACCUGUGCGGAGCCAUCGUCUCGCUGACCCACGGCGCCGCCUUCGACCUGGAGCGGUACCGGGCACGACUGCUGGGCUCCUUUCUCAUCCUGCCCGAGUAUCAGGGACUGCAGGUGGCCGUGUCUAAGGUGUGGCGCACGCGGCGGGUCCCUGAGGCAGCGGGUCGGGAGUCCGACACGGAGAUCCAGGUGGUGCUGGCCGAGGCCGAGGACCGGGCAGGCAGCGCCACCCGGCUGGCCCAGGACGUCCUGGCCGACAUCGCCGAGCACGGAGACGCCCUUGGCAUCCUGUCGGCGACCGUCCGCGAAUCUGGCGCGCCCAUCGAGGGUGGCUCCGCGGCGGGGCUGCACCAGCCGGGACCCAGCGUGGCACUUGGGGGUGUUGUCGCGGCCGCGCUGCUCCUGGCGGUGCUCCUGGUGGUACUGCUGCGCCGGGCCGAAACGCUCAGGUGGAAAUGGAAGAGGCGUGGGGAGGACGCAGUCCCGGCGCCGGCCGGGGCCCCCCUGGGCUUCGACAACCCAGUGUUCGACCUGACGGGCUCCGCGGCCUCCGAAGAGCCGCCCCCUGCCCCGCAGGCGGACGCCGGGACCACCAGCCGCAGUUACUUUAUCAACCCGCUAUUCGCUGUCGCCGAGGCGGAGGCCUGAAAGAGCCGCACCCCCCGCCAUGCCCCCUGCCCGGCCUGGCCCGGGGACCUGAAUAUUCGUGUCCUUCCUCUACGCCUCUUCCCACACCCCAGCUGGAGGCCAAGGUCUGGGUGGCCUUGUCCAAUAAAGGGGUUUUCUGCACCUGCUGUCAGCCUUGGACACAACCUCCCCUGCUUCUUGCUCCAGCAGGUCACACUGCCGACCAGAGGGCUGGGGGAGGGGGCUGCCUGACCAGUGAGCCCCCCGAGGCCUCCUAUGUACCCAGUGGA